UGCUCCAGAAGACAAGACAGCCUCCUUUCCAGCAAUGGGCAGCCCUGGCUGUGGUGAGCAGUGUGUGUUUAAAGGUCUGCUUCUUGCCUCUGCAAAGGAGGUGAAGAUAUUUCGUGCCUUAAUCUUAGGGGAGCUGGAGAGGGGCCAGAGUCAAUUCCAAGCGCUCUGCUUCAUCACGCGGCUCCACCGCAACGAGAUCAUCCCCAGCGAGUCUAUGGCAAAGCUGCGGCAGAAAAAUCCUAGGACAGUGCGGCAGGCUGAGGAGGUGCGGGGCCUGGAACAUCUCCGCAUGGAUGUAGCUGUCAACUUCAGCAAAGGUGCCCAGCUGAGCUCUCACAUUCACAAUGUCUGCGCAGAGGCCAAAGAAGCAAUUUAUACCCGAGAGGAAGAUGUCAAGUUUUGGCUGGAGAAAGGGGUGGAUGGCUCCAUGUUCGAGGUCCUGCCUCAGACUUCAGACCUCCCUGACCUGCAGCGCUGCAAGCUGUGCACAGACCGCUGGAAACCCUGCAUCUGCAGCUACUCGCUCAACAUCRAGUGGUACCCAUGCAUGCUGAAGUACUGCAAGACUCGGGAUGCUGGGGGCAAGGUUUCUUCUUAUAAGUGUGGCAUCCGCAGCUGUCAGAAGGGCUACACCUUUGAUUAUUAUGUGCCGCAGAAGCAGCUCUGCCUGUGGGAUGAGGAGACCUAGCAGUGUUGGGUCAGGCCUUGUCAAGGGGCAGCUCGUUUGCCUUCUGCUCCCCUUUCAUGAUUCUAAGGGAUAUCCUGGAGCUGGCCACUCCGAAGAAGGAAUAUGGUCUGCAGACGUGCCUUGUACAAGGAGAGCUUGAUGUGUGCCUUUCCUUCUGGCCCCCUGCAAACCCUCUCCCCACCUAACACUGCCUCAUACUGUGAUAAGCUCUCUCUCUCUGUGUUAAUGCUCUCCUGAUAGCUGCCAGGAGAGGUUGCCUCCUGGAAGAAGCAAGACAUGUUUCUGGGAGAAAGGACUGGAAGGGGCUGUGUUUUGCCCUGCUCUACACUUAGGACAUGUGAAGGGAGGCAGCUCUGAGAGGCAUCAGCUUUGAACAUCCUUAGGGGUGGUCAGGGUAGGGAAAGAAGUGGUCUUGGCAACCUGAGUUGUCGAACAUCUCUAACUCUGAAGAAACCCCUACACUGAUUCCGCCACCUCCUGGUGAUGUAACAGCAAUUCCCAAUGGGAAAAUAGCUAAUGUAUGGGACCAUAUACUCAAACAACAAAGGUACAAAACUUACCCAAAGCAAGAGCCUGCCCAUAGCUUUUUCUAAUGUCUGGCUGUUAUAUUCUUCCUGCGGCUAGAAGAUAGAAUAGAGGGAUAUAUCCCAGCAAUUACUUAUACACCUAAAAGGCUGUUGAAUAAGGCUCUACUUAAAACCCUAUGUAGACUAGUUAGGGCCCAACUUUUUGUGUUGGUCCUGUGACUUUCCCACUAAGAAAGAAAUAUGCAGGAAGUGGUGGUUGCCAUCAUAACCUUAUGGUUGUGAGCAAGAGGAGAAUGAUCCCAGGCAGGAUUUGCACCAUUCUUUUGAAGAUAAAGAUGUUAGUCUGCCUGGCUUAGAGCAGAGGACCAAGUGCCUGAACUCCUUGGGUCUACAUCCUAUUCUGCCAGCUUCUCACAAUAAGCUCUUAGGUAUUGUACUGCUUUGCUGUGCCUUGGUUUUCCCUCCGUGUAAAACAGGGAUGACCCUGAUGCUGGCCUUGACUCUGUUAAAUGCCUGGAGGGCACGGGACAAAGAGUGCUGCUGGGUUACUGCCCAGCU